AACAAGAGCACAGCUGCGGAUCUGACAGGGACACAAGAAGACCUCUCAACUAAACAAAUCUGAGGAAAAUAUGUUUUCUGUACCUACAACAUUUCAGUCACAGGGAACAGUGCCUUUGACCCAUUUUAUCAAUGUGAUCCAGUACCUGAAGAGUUCAGCCAAUUCUGCCGUCAGCACGUCAGUUCAGAGUUUACAUAAAGACCUUCCAUCUGAACAUGACCUACUUCACAAUGAGAACAAAAUCAACCUGAAGGAUCUGGGUCUAUCGGAGCUGAGGUUAAGUCACGUACAUGAUGUUUUGAGAAAACUGCUGCCUUCUUUUGAUCCGGAUGAGAAAUCCAUCACCAGCACCGCUCAGACCUUAACAGCAUGGAGAACAUCUCACAUUUCUGCACCCUCAUUCUUCCAAAACAAAUAUGGGUUCCCUCACAGACACACAGGACUCCUUGGAUCUCCAGUGUUUUAUAGGCAAAGCUCCAGCCCUCUUCAUGCAGUCUGCACAGAUUUGCACCAUCUGCAGUUUUGGGUCCAAAACAGAGGAUUCAGGACAGUGAGAUCCAAAACCAAAUAUCUACAGCCGGACAGUCCUAUAGAAGCGGAGAAUUAUACCCCAACCCUGAUAAAGGGUUUCCUUACAAAGGAAAAGCAAACUGCAGAGAGUCUUGAGCAGGUAUUCAAACACAAGGAUGUGCCAGAGUCUCAUCAGGAUCCGUUUAAGGUCGGCUUUACAGAGGGCUUCAUGAAAGCACAGGCACUGACAAAGAGAACUCAAGAUUCUGUAAAGAAGACACGUCUACUUGUAUUUGUGCUUUUCCUGGUUGGUCUUUAUGGGCUCUCCAGAAGUCCGCUCUUCUCGGGCAAAGGAUCAUUUUCUGAUGCUGUUAGUUUUCGCACAAGCUCCGGUCUGGAUUCAGAAGUGGAUCCCAUGCAGAUGAAGAAUUUUACCUUUGAACAUGUAAAAGGUGCAGAGGAGGCCAAAAAUGAACUUCAGGAUGUUGUUGAAUUUUUACGAAAUCCCCAGAAGUUCACAGUCCUUGGUGGUAAACUUCCCAAAGGUGUUCUGUUGGUCGGGCCUCCAGGAACAGGAAAGACCCUAUUGGCUAAAGCUGUUGCAGGGGAAGCAGAUGUGCCUUUCUUCUACGCUUCAGGUUCUGAAUUUGAUGAAAUGUUUGUAGGAGUUGGAGCGAGUCGCAUCAGAAACCUUUUCAAGGAGGCCAAAGCUAGUGCUCCGUGUGUGAUUUUUAUCGAUGAGCUUGACAGCGUGGGUGGAAAGAGAAUCGAGUCCCCAAUGCACCCGUACUCACGACAGACCAUCAACCAGCUGCUGGCCGAGAUGGACGGGUUCAAACCCAAUGAAGGAGUCAUCGUGAUUGGUGCUACAAACUUUGCUGAAGCUUUGGACAAUGCUUUGAUUAGACCAGGCAGAUUUGACAUGCAGGUCACUGUCCCCAUACCUGACGUAAGGGGCCGCACUGAGAUCCUGCAGUGGUACCUCAAAAAAGUUAAAGUUGAUUCUGCUGUUGAUGCUGAAAUCAUCGCUAGGGGAACUGUGGGAUUUUCUGGAGCAGACCUGGAGAACCUGGUGAACCAGGCUGCGCUGAAAGCAGCGGUAGAUGGGAAGGAGCUGGUGACCAUGAAGGAGCUGGAGUUUGCAAAGGAUAAGAUCCUCAUGGGCCCAGAGCGCAGGAGCAUGGAGAUGGAUGAGAAGAACAAGACGAUCACAGCCUAUCAUGAAUCAGGACACGCUAUAGUGGCUUAUUACACCAAACACGCCAUGCCCAUCAACAAAGCCACCAUCAUGCCACGCGGACAGUCUCUUGGGCAUGUGUCAUUACUUCCUGAGACUGAUCGCUGGAGCGAGACCCGGGGCCAGCUGCUGGCUCAGAUGGACGUCAGUAUGGGCGGCAGAGUUGCUGAGGAACUGAUCUUUGGAAAUGACAACGUUACUACUGGGGCAUCAAGUGAUUUUGAUGGAGCCACUAAAAUAGCACAGAUGAUGGUAACGCGGUUCGGCAUGAGUGACAAGCUGGGAGUGAUGACCUACAGUGACCUGACACACCAGAGCCCAGAGACCCAAGCCGCUGUAGAACAGGAGAUCCGAGUGCUUUUAGAGGGUUCAUAUGAAAGAGCAAAAAACAUACUAAAGACAUACAGCAAAGAACACAAGCUAUUGGCUGAUGCCCUGCUGACGUACGAAACUCUAGACGCUCAAGAAAUUCAGAUGAUCCUGGAGGGAAGACCACUGAACGUCAGAUGAUGAAAUCUUUGCUUUCAAAGAGACAAGACACUUGUGUAAAUAAUCAUCUUUCUUAUAAGGCAGUUUCUUGAAGAGUCUUUUUAACAAUCUGCCUUUUAUAUUUUCAUUUUACAUUCAAGCAGGUAAUUGACUUUCACAGACAUUUUUCAUUCAUCCGAGUCUGUAAAUUGAUGCCAGCAGUAUUGCAUAGCUGAGCUGUGAUCUCUAUGUGAUCAGGUAAACGGUGAAUUUGUUUUAUCUGUUGCCAGAAAGUAAACAUAAAAAAGAAAGUUAACGUGGAAAUCAGAUCUGAAAUGAUUUUCAUAACUUUUGUUUUAUCAAAUCAUCAGAUACAAAGUAAACAUAUUAACUUGUAUAAGGGUGCAUUUUCAGAUCAAACGCCAAAGUGGGCGACUGCUAUUAAGAAGUCUCAAAAACAUACAGAUCCUUUAGUUUUUCAUGAAACGUUUGACACAAACCGAUUCCGAACGUGACUUCAGUAUGCCAGUAUUAUUUUUUUCACAUAUACAGUAAAUUUAUAUCUGUAUAUGUAAAUUGAAGUGGUUGGCUGAAUGCAAAACUGUAUUUUUUCAGAACUGUAAGCUAUUUAUUUGAAUAUCCUGUUCCAAAUGUGGUUGAAAGUUAUCUGCCGCUGUCCCAUCACAGUUUUCUGUGCAAGUUUUUAAACGGCUCAGAUGACUGCUGUAUAAAUGCGUGUUUGUGUGAUUAAAACCCUAUUAAUGUACUUUGUUUUGAAAUUAAUGUUAUGUUCAGAUCUAUUUAUCCCAGUCAUGAAUGAUACAAUUUAAAUAAAAUUAAAUAAAGCUUAUUGAAAAAUC